CUGAUCUUGUUGCAAUGCGUGCCUUGCACGGCGCCCUUCAUCUUCUCCAUGUUUCCUAACUGUGGAGAAAUGGCGGACAAGACAAGCUGGAUGCUGAUGUUGGCCGUACACAUUUUCGAGACUUGGAUGUGUCUCCAGAUGAUAUUCGGAUGUACGGUGUACAUAUUCUACCUUCUUUGUGCUGGGAUAAUCUGUAUCUUGUUCUACUUCAGGAUCAUUGAAAAUAAAAUUUCUACCCUGCAAAGCGACCAAGAUACAAAGAAAUGCAUCAAUCUCUAUCGGUGUAUUCAAAUCCUGGAGAAAUUCUUCAACGCCUACCCGAUGAACAAGGUCAUUCCCGUGAUGGUUUUUGGCAUCCCCACCAUGGAAAUAAUCAGCCUCUUCAUCUCCAUCAAUUUCUACGACAAAAUAGCCAUGCCUGGUUUCCUGCUAUUUCCACUACUCGGAUUAAACACGCCGCUGAAUAACAUUUGUGUCCUGACCAUGGCAUCGCUAGUCCAUAACUCAUCCGACAAGAUAUUGGGCGUUUUAAAGAAGAAAAUAAUGGGGCUGACGUGUCACAGUGGGCGGAAAAGAUCGAUAAUUAAUCGAGAACUGAGAGCCUGUUCAGUCCUGAAGGUUAAGUUUGGAUCAAACUACAUCGACCGUGGGACACCAUUAGUUAUACAGAAUUUCUGUCUUAAUCAAACCAUGUCGCUUACGUUGGUCAAGGCAAAUAAAAUGGCUGGGUGAGGAUAAAAUGUGGGGAUUUUAUAAAUAUAUGUAUUGCGUAGUUGUUUAUGAAACCUAGAAUAGUACACUACUACAUAUUCGUAAUUACGUUGGGAAAUAGAAUCUAAUCUGUGAUCUUGA